UUACAAUUUUAACACUUCAUUAAAGUUAUUGGGGUGAUGAUGGUCAAUAUGAACAUACAGGCUUCAGGUAUGGUUAACAGAUUGUUUUGUAACAAAAAAAUUUAAUAAAAAUUACGUUAUAGCCACAGCUACCCCUCUGACAGUCUUCUCCAGCAUCUCACCAACUGCCUAGAAAGAGUUAACAGAGAAUUCCAGGUGUUUCAUGAGGACAAAUCCCCCCCCCCAUUUGGUCUGUGGGGGGUGGGAGUAGAGUUAGAGGUGAGAAGCAACAAAAAGUGAAAAGGGGAGGAAAGAAGAGGGCUGGCUGCCCAGGUCUCAAUCUGACCAAUAGCAGAAAAGUUUCAGGCCCAACGCCCAUUUGUGGAGAGUAUUUCAGGAGUCAGGAAUUGCAUCUGAGUUCACUGUCACUUGUCAAAGAAGAAUUAAGACAGCUUUCCGGUUUGGCUACUUGGAGGCUGCUUGCUUCUCCUUGACUUGAAAGACUUUGCUAGUGAUGGAUCCAUACGUGAUUCAGAUGAAUGGCAGCGGCAACCUCCCCUCCGUUGUGGAUGUGCAUGUCAACAUCGGGGGGAGAAGCUCCAUGCCGGGAAAAGCGAAAGGCAGGAAGGCCAGGUGGUCCGUGAAGCCCUCUGACAUGUCCAACAAAACUUUCAAUCCCAUCCGGGCCAUCGUGGACAGCAUGAAGGUGAAGCCAAACCCAGACAAAACCGUGAUUUCUCUGUCGAUUGGGGACCCUACUGUGUUUGGAAACCUGCCUACAGACCCAGAAGUUACCCAGGCAAUGAAGGAUGCCCUGGACUCGGGGAAGUAUAACGGCUACGCCCCCUCCAUUGGUUACCUGUCCAGUCGGGAGGAGAUUGCUUCUUACUACCACUGCCCCGAGGCGCCCCUGGAAGCUAAGGAUGUCAUUCUGACAAGUGGCUGCAGUCAGGCUAUUGAACUGUGUUUAGCUGUGUUGGCCAACCCAGGGCAAAACAUCCUAGUUCCGAGACCCGGUUUCUCUCUCUACAGGACUUUGGCUGAAUCUAUGGGGAUUGAGGUCAAGCUCUACAAUUUAUUGCCAGAGAAGUCUUGGGAAACUGACCUGAAACAACUGGAAUCUCUGAUUGAUGAAAAGACAGCUUGUCUCAUUGUCAAUAAUCCAUCAAACCCCUGUGGGUCAGUGUUCAGUAGGAGUCAUCUCCAGAAGAUUCUGGCUGUGGCUGCAAGGCAGUGUGUCCCCAUCUUAGCUGAUGAGAUCUAUGGAGACAUGGUGUUUUCGGAUUCCAAAUUUGAGCCUCUGGCCACCCUCAGCAGCAAUGUCCCCAUCCUGUCCUGUGGAGGGCUGGCCAAGCGUUGGCUGGUUCCUGGCUGGAGGUUGGGCUGGAUCCUCAUUCAUGACCGAAAAGACAUUUUUGGCAAUGAGAUCCGAGACGGGCUGGUGAAGCUGAGUCAGCGGAUCCUGGGACCCUGCACUAUUGUCCAGGGAGCUUUGAAAAGCAUCCUGCGUCGCACCACUCAAGAGUUCUACCAGGAUACUCUAAGCUUCCUCAAGUCCAAUGCUGACCUGUGCUAUGGGGCGUUGGCUGCCAUCCCUGGACUCCGGCCAGUCCGCCCUUCUGGGGCCAUGUACCUCAUGGUUGAAAUUGAGAUGGAACAUUUCCCAGAAUUUGAGAAUGAUGUGGCGUUCACGGAGCGGUUAGUUGCUGAACAAUCUGUCCAUUGCCUCCCUGCAACAUGCUUCGAGUACCCGAACUUCUUCCGAGUGGUAAUCACAGUCCCUGAAGUGAUGAUGCUGGAGGCCUGUAGCCGGAUCCAGGAGUUCUGUGAGCAGCACUACCACAGUGCCGAAGGGAGCCAUGAGGAGUGUGACAAAUAGGCCUGAGUCCAUGCUCCUGAGUAUGUCCCAUCCAGAGAGGGCAGGACUGGGCCCUGCUGUUCCUCAGGUUGUCAGGUGCCUCUACUGGGAGAGAGGCCUCAAAAACACAUCGAUAGCUCAGAACUGCCCCUGCUUUACCCCAGCUGUACAUAUGCACACUCUGAAUCCCAGAUUCUUCUCUCACUCUCCUCUGCUGGAGUGACUAAUUCAUUAAUCUGCCCCUUCCACAAUGACUUCCUCCUUUUUUUCUGAGUGUAUCAGGUGAACAAAAUUUACCAGCAAGCAGUAGAGGCAAAAAAAAAAAAAAAAAAAAAGAGAGCUCAGGAUGAGAGAAA